CCUAAGCUGCUGUCUGGUAAAGUUUCAUUAAUGGCGACCCCAUUGGAGACUAGUAUUAGAAAGAAAAAGGUUGCAAGUAGUGGGCAGCAAAACAUGAAGCAGCUUGAAAGAGAGGUCUCUAUACUUCAAAAAAUGCUGAAUCGAGAAGAAAAGAUGCAUGAGAUUUUGGAGCAUGUCUAUAAUCAACAUGAUGCUUCUGCAAUCACCAUCCCUAACUUCCUUCCUCCUAAGAUGAAAGAGGUGUUAGCAGAGUUAGCUAUGGUGGACGAUGAGAUAAGUCGACUAGAAGGGCAAAUAAGGCAACUCCAAAACAGUUUGAAACACGAACAGCAACUCACCAAGCAAUGGCAACAUGAAGGAACUCUUCAUCACUAUUCCCCAACCCCCAUCAACAAUAAAGGUGGUGGCCAUGAAAUGAUGGCCUUUCAUGACACCAAAGCAUUGCAUUUCAUAAGCAAAGCUAUAAAAGGCGAUUACAAUCUUCACCACUUCACUCUACCUGAUCACAAAUUGGGAAACUCAACAGGAUUUCACCAUUAUCACAAAGAAAAUCAUCUCCGUGCAGAGCCUGCUAUAUUUCAGGACAAGGCUCCAAGAAAAAGUGGGAUAUUGCUGAAGCCAUCCUCGCCCUUGAGAGAACUGCGGCAUCCAUCACCCAAACCAAAAGAACGUAGUAAUCCACCAACUAUUUUAGAGCAGCUCCCUCCAAAAUCUCAAGCAAAUGCAAUACAAUCAUCAGAAGAUGAGGAGAAGCAGCAAUGGCAACCCAACAAGCUAUCUGAGAGCAUCAUGAAAUGUUUGAAUGUCAUAUAUACGAGGCUGCUUAGAACGUCAAGAGCAAUGGAAUUGGAGAAGUCAGGCCCAAUAUUCAGGUCUUUGAUUGGCACAAGAAGCUUCAGGGCAGAGACAGGGUCAAAGCCUUUGUUACAAAAGGAGUCGAGGCAGCAAGACCCAUAUGGUAUAUUCAACAUGGAAGAGUCCAUUCCCAGGGAUAUUGGUCCUUACAAGAACUUGGUUGUCUUCACCUCAACCUCCCUCGACUCCAAGUCCAUUUCAAGCCCUACCUCUAUUCCUUUGCUAGCAAAGUUGAGGGCUUUGAUGAACAAUCUCCAGACGGUGGACUUGAGAUCCUUGACAAACCAACAGAAAUUAGCAUUUUGGAUCAACAUGUACAAUGCUUGUAUCAUGCAUGGAUUUCUGCAGUAUGGGGUGCCUGCUACUCCUGAAAAAUUGCUUGCAUUGAUGAACAAGGCAACCCUUAACAUAGGAGGUAAUAUAAUAAAUGCUCAAGCAAUAGAGCAUUUCAUUUUGAGAAAGCCAGCAUCUUCAAGUAGGAAAGAGGUUUAUCGCAAGGAGGAAAAGGAUGACAAAGAAGUGCUGGUUCGCAAACUUUAUGGACUGGAGUCAAUGGAUCCAAAUGUCAUAUUUGCUCUGUCUUGUGGAACUCGCUCAUCUCCUGCUGUUAGAAUAUACACAGGUGAUGGCGUAGCAGUUGAGUUGGAAAAAGCAAAGCUAGACUAUUUGCAAGCUUCAAUAGUAGUGAGUGGGACGAAAAGAAUAGCAUUCCCAGAGCUGCUGCUUCAAAACAUGCUUGAUUUUGCCGCAGACACAGACUCAUUUGUGGAGUGGGCUUGCCAGCAGCUACCAACUUCAGGGUCAUUGAGGAAGGCAAUGGUGGAUUGCUUCAGAGGCCACAACCCUGGCUCCAGGAUAUCUACUGUCCUUGACAAUAUACCAUAUGACUUUGAAUUCCAGUAUUUGCUGGCAAUUUAGGCUGAGCUACCCUCCAUUUAAAAAAAAAAAAAAAAAAUUCAGGUCCUUUUUAUGUAAUGUAAGGGACCUCAAAAACUCUAGAGCUAAUUAAGGUGGCUGGAGAUGAUGUGAUCAUGUGAUCUGUACACCAACAUGCAAUUUCUUUUUACU